AUAAUAUUAGAAAAUUGUAUUUAACUGAUCGAUAAUAUUAUCGCGGAAUUUUCUAUUAGUCAAAAAUUUUUUUUAUCGCAAAAGCAAGUUCGCAAAUAGAAAAAUAUAAUACAAAAUGCAUAUAAGAGAUUUUAUAAUGCACAUCAUACACAUCAUCUCACAAUUUUGUAGUAAAAUAAAAGUACAUUUUAUUUUAUUAUAUUUCUGUGUUCAUUCGAUUAUUCUUCAUGUUGUAAUACACGACAAUCAAAGCCAAUUUUUAAUAUGGGUAAUUUCCUCAGACUGUGAAACGAGCUCUAACGAGAAACAAUGCCGAGUACCAAAACGAGAGUCGCUAUUGUGGGUGCUGACUGGUCAAAUCGGUGGCACAUGGGUCUACACUGAUGAAACGCAUCUCGACAAACACGGGCUUCUCGUGCACAGUAGCAUGUACAAAAAUCUAAGAACAAACAUACCUAAAGAGCUAAUGCAAAUACCUGAUUUCCCUUUUGAGGAUCAGGACGGCCCAUCUUUCAUUCAUCAUAGCGCGAUAAGGCUAUACAUCUUGAAGUAUGCAGAUCACUUCAACCUUUAUCCGUAUAUUAAGUUAAAUACCUUGGUAAAAUACGUUGAACCGGAAGUUUUGGCGAACGGCCAGACGUUGUGGUCACUGACGUACGUGGAUUUGAAGACUCAAGUGGAAAUCACGAAGACCUAUGACGCUAUGGUGCUGUGCAACGGCCAUUAUACCGUCGGUGAUGUUCCACAUAUUCCAGGUAUCGAAAGUUUUCAUGGUGAUUGCAUUCACAGCCACCAAUACAGGUUACCGGAGAUCUACACCGGCAAGAAAGUUUGCAUACUCGGUGGAUCCUGGUCCGGCAUCGACAUCGCCCUUGAGGUAGCACAAUACGCCGACAAGGUAUACCUAAGUCACAAUUUGCCCGAACCAAUCAACUUGAGUAAAUUCGCCAACAUCGAGCAAAGAUCCGGCGUCGCGUUUAUACAAGGAGAUCUCUUCACUUUCCUUGACGACUCUUUCACAAAAGUGGACAGCUUCAUAUAUUGUACAGGUUACAAGUUCACAUAUCCUUUUAUGUCAGCUAAAGUCGACAUGCGCACGGACGAUAAUCACGUAGAACCCAUCUACAAAUACCUGGUGCACAUGGACUACACAAAUCUGUUCCUCAUGGGUUUACCAGCGCUUGUGAUACCGUUCCCCAUGUUCCAUUUAGAAGCGCAAUAUAUUUUGGGUGUCCUCGAGGGCCGUAUCCAAUUACCAUCAUCGCAACAGAUGCGCGAGAAAUACGAAAGCGAAAAGAAAUCCUUAAUUGACCAGGGUAUCCCGAUAAGACAUAUCUAUAAGCUGAAAGACAGACAGUGGGCUUACUACGACGAGAUCGCAGCGGCUGUGAAUGUACCGACUUUCCCGCCACUAGUUAGAAAAAUUAACGAUCACGUCACCAAGAUGCGCGACACAAACAUCACCGAAUACAAGAGUUACAAGUACCGUAUCAUCGAUAGCGAAACUUUUAGUGUGUCUUGUUACAAACCUUGUUAGAAUCUAAACGCGAGAAAAAUAAAAAAAUGAAUGCAAUCGAUAUUAACAAAAUCAGCAUUCGAGCAUUUUCAAGAGCGGAUUCGAUGCUAUGAAUCUGAAAUGAGUUUUACGUUGGUUUUAGUCAACGAUUAAUUGUACAACAGGAUCAGACAAAAACACGGAACCCGAUUAUUAGACUGGCGUAUUAUGAGAAUGUUUAUCACUAAUUAUGAUGCGCGAUAAGUGUUGACAUUGCUACGUGAGAUCAGCUUGCAAUUAUAAUUUUUAUACGCUAAAUGAUAUAGAGAAGAUAAGAUAACAAAAGCACUGAUGUCAUUGCGUCACUUUCGUGACAUAUAACAAAAACGUUUGCAUAUGUAUACAUAAUAUUUUUCUGCAUUCUCGCAAUUAUAUACUCCAGUCGGAGAUUUUUACAUGUAGUAAAAUAUUAUUGCGUAUAUACUCUGAUUUGAAACUGGUUUUAACACUUUCUUCUUUCGACAUAGUUCAGAACGCAACCGAUGGUUCAAUGAGAGAACUGGGAAUUAAGCAAAAAUAAGUCCAAUCGAACUUAUUUUUUUAUUAAUUUUCCUUUUUUACAUUGUAAACCAUUAUAGCAGCGUUCCAAAUUACAUGAAAAAAAGUAUUCAAACGUAAUUAAAACCAAAUAUUUGUAUUACGAUACGAAAAUCGAAUAGCUUCACUAAAAUCUUCUCGAAAUAAGUAAAAUGAAGGAAAGAGUAGUAGCAGGUACAAAAAAAUUGAAAUUACGUAGGGCAAUUGUAAAGAUAUAUUAUGGAAGUACAUUUUCCCACAUCAUGGACUUACACACUCUA